AGUCUGACACUGUAAGCUCGCACUAGGACUUCUUGUGUUUUUCUAACUUCGUGUCCUGGCAAAGGACCUGCACAAUACACACACACACACAGAGCUCCCAUUGUUUCCAGCGAUUCACCAGCCCACUGAUCCUAAUAUGGAAUUGUACAGGAAACCCAUGAUAUCCUGAGACAGAGCGAAUAGAGAGCGAAAGGGAGAGACACCAUUUAAAGCCAUUGCUCUCCCCCAAUAUUCGCGCCUGAUACAAAGUGGAGGAUGCAGUACAUUGGCAGCAGACUCUGAGUGUAUUACACAUCCUGCAGGAGUGGUCUGGUGAAUGCGGAUUCGCUGUGACUGACUGUGAAUACUCUGAGUUCUCUGCUUCAGAAACUGCAAUGACACUGUACAAACUGUUGCAAUGAAGUAUCUAGGAACUAAAAGUAGCCAACAAAUGAAUAAACUCUGAGACCAGACCAAAAAAAAAAGUAUGCUAGUUAGAAGAUAUUGCAGUUGCCGCAGUGGUUUAUUAUGACUUCCUGAUCUUUCGUUUAUCAGGGAGAGGACUACACGUUGCAGUUGGUUUUCGGAUACAUGUGGACUUCGAGGAGUUUAAAGAAAAAAGACAUGGAGAGGCGAGACGAACAUCAGAGCAGCAUUUGCAGCACGAACAGUAUGAAGCGGAUGCUGAAGUGUGUGGUGGUCGGGGAUGGAGCAGUCGGGAAAACCUGUCUCCUGAUGAGUUACGCCAAUGACGCUUUCCCCGAACAAUACGUGCCGACUGUUUUCGACCAUUACGCCGUCACUGUAACUGUUGGAGGGAAGCAAUACCUUCUGGGACUCUACGAUACGGCCGGACAGGAAGACUACGAUCAACUGCGACCUCUGUCAUACCCCAACACGGAUGUAUUCCUGAUCUGUUUUUCCGUGGUCAAUCCUGCCUCUUACCACAAUGUUCAGGAAGAAUGGGUAUCAGAGCUGAGAUCGCGCAUGCCACAUGUACCGUAUGUACUCAUAGGAACACAGAUUGACCUCCGUGAUGAUCCCAAAACCUUGGCCCGUCUUCUCCAUAUGAAGGAGAAACCAAUUACUCAGGAACAAGGAAUGAAACUGGCAAAAAUGAUUGGCGCACAGUGCUACUUGGAGUGUUCCGCCCUGACUCAGAAAGGCCUCAAGAACGUUUUCGAUGAAGCAAUACUCACGGUUUUUAACCCAAAGAAAAAGAAGAGUCGAUGCACGAAGUGUCGCCACUCCUGUACAAUUGUAUGAGACCAACACCGGAGCAGAGUUACUGUAUUACAGAGGGUAACUCCCUAGUAAUCCCACACUAGCUAUGAGUGGAUUUGUGAGUGUUGUAUGAAAGAUAACAUGGAGGUCAUGACCAGUGAGAGUUUCUUAGUCUCAAGGAAAGCCUUUGAUCUGUGAAACCUCCAAAAUAGAAAGUUACAUGGAUGGAUGGAUCUUCCAUUCAUUCUUACACACUGUGAUAUUUUUCAACAGAGCUGGGAUAAAACGCCUUUCUUGGUUUUUAAUGUUAUAUUGUGUAUCCGUGCAUAAACAAGGAGUAUGAAACCUUAAUGUGCACAUAUUUUAAAAUCGAUAGAGCUGUUGGGGAUUGCAGAAAUGCCAUUGGAUGUUGAAAGUAAAAAUUGCAGUUAGGCCAUCUUCCAAUGUUCUUAAUGCAGUUUAUCAGAACCUUUUCCAUAAGGUACAUUCAUACAUUCCCUGAACAACUAGUUUUUAAAAUACCCAAACAGGACCCUCCUCCUUGGAUGUCCAACCUUCACCUCCCUGAGCCUGACUUAGAAGUAGCCCCUGAAGGGAUGUAGGUACUUCCUGUAUGUACCAUUUGUAGUAUAUAAACCAUCAUUGGAGGGAGGGGGAAUGUAGUAAUGUUCCAUAUUACAAUAACGUAGUCCUAUUUUUAUAUUAGAAUAUUUUUUGUAUAUAAAUCCAUUACUACUAUAUUCUUUUUACUGGCCUCUUGUUCCAAACAGAUUCAUAUUUUAUCUAACAAAUCUAAAUAAAGUGUGCCUUUCAUAGUCUGUAGAAUAUGUGAGCAAAGUUCUUUGUGAUGCACCCUCCCUUCCCCUUUCCUCAUUCUACCUGACUGUCCAAGUGCUAAUCCUGUAAUUAAUGGGAACAGAUAUUAUGACUUCCUCAAAAGUUAACUUUCACAAAACAUCCUAAUAUGACAUGGCUUUUGUGAAAAAUGUUCUGCCAUGCUAAGGGUACAGGUUUGUGUUUGAAAGGAAAUUUUUAUAAAAUGCGUUUGCAAGAAGAAUAUUGAAUUAUGCUUUUAUUCACAAAUAAAAUCUUGCACUUGUAGUUUAGUUGGAGUGCACACAAAAACUAUUUCCUUUCUCCUUUAAUAUUAAGAAGUUUUACAUCCAAAGAAAAUGUCCCAGCAUGUAGAUAGAAACAGGGUUAUUCUCUAAAAGUAGAGAUUGACAGAAAUUCAAAGCAAGGUUUUUAUAUUUCAGGCCAUAAUAGCUAGGUUGGAGUUCUCAAAACCAAUUAUCGGACACAUUUUUGGCCAACAUUUUUAAAUUUAUACUUAAGUGAUUUACCUUCUCACUUUUCUAAAAUCUAUUUCCACUCCUUGAUAUUAUUCUGAAAUAGUGAUGUGAAUAAAAUGAUUUGUAUAUUAAGGGCAUGUGUCCUGGAAUCUGGAUAAUUCAGAUCAAUCUUGUUUUAUGUACUGGAGAUCUUUGGCAUCCUUUUAUUGAUUUAUAGAGCUAUAGUGUGCUUAAUUUUAACCUUUCUUAAACCCCCUUUUUUUUUUUUAACCUUUGGGAAUGUUGCACACAGUGAAAUAACUUUAUUCUGGGGAUAAUUGUAAAGUUACAUACACUGAUUUACCCCCCGGGGUCUAUUCAUUAAACAGUGAGUUGGGAUACACUUACAUAAUGAAUUGCCAAUCUUGUGUGUCAUGUUCCAACCUAGUUUCAAAAAUUCUAAAUCAUUGUUUAGUGUGUAAGCCCGGUUCAUGAAUCUACAUUGGCAAAUCAUUUCCCAGUGGAUUACACGAUAUGACAGCAAUGCCUACUUAUGUACAGUUGGAUAGAAGUGUAUUUUCCUAGAGAAGAGUGUGCAAAUAAAAGAUUUCACAUGCA